UAGCCCAACAAAUUCUCAGGCGAAAGAACCCUAGCUAUCUGCUUCACCAUGGACGUAGAAGGAGAAGACAAAAGCGAUUAUCUCCCGAUCGACCAAAUCGUUGAAGAAGAUACCAUGGACGAUCUCAUCAGAGACCGAUUCAGACUCUCUGCUAUCUCUAUCGCCGAAACCGAAGCGAAGAAAAAUGGAAUGGAAAUAGCUGCACCUGUUGUGGCAUGUAUAUCAGAUUUAGCCUUCAAAUACGCAGAAAAUGUUGCAAAGGACCUUGAACUAUUUGCUCAUCAUGCUGGACGCAAAGUUGUGAACAUGGACGAUGUUGUUCUCUCCGCGCACAGAAACGAUAACUUAGCUGCGUCGUUGAGGUCACUGUGCAAUGAGCUAAAGGCAAAAGAGCCACAAUCUGAGAGGAAACGCAAGAAAGGAUCAGCCAAGAGAGAAGACAAAGCCAGUAGUAGCAAUGCCGUUCGCAUCCCCGAUUUGUAACUCUUCAAGCAGCGCGUAAAUACAUGCAUUCCUAUAUUCAUAUACAUAGAGGACAAACCUUGAGGAAGAAGCCGUUAAAUGGCCUGGAACUUUUGUAGAAGUUUAUAAAAGUUAUUUGCAUCAACCCUCUUAUUUUAAAAUAUUAAGGUAGAGAGGUAUUACAGUCUUGUUUUUCAUUUUCUUUUUGCAUC